AUGAGUAAUAUAAAUAUUACCAGCGGUUCCGCUUCAUCACCAUAUUUAGAGGUAAUCGAGCAAGAGUCAAUUUCAAUUGAAAAUGCAAUUAUUAAUAAUAGAAACUCAAAUGUCCACAUUGUUGUAAAGAACACCUCAUUUGUAUUAAAAAUAAAGUCAUUGGAUAUCAGUAAGGUAAACUUUAGUUCUUCUUGUGUUAAAGCUGGUCUAUACUAUGUUGGCGAUCCAUUAAAAGAAGUUAGUUUUAUCCAAAAUCCUCCAAUUACCUAUGUCGGGAGUAGUUGCAAGAACGGGGAGCAAUUUGCAAUUGAUAUUAAAAUAUCAAUCCUUAGUAGCCAACAUCAGGGAAAUUUGUUUUAUAUACUAGUUACUGCAUCACCGGAUGCAUCAAAUAAAAAUGGUGCUACUCAUACUGUCCUUUCAUUCCCAAUUCGUGUAGUUUCUAAAGUAGACCAUAUUAAAAAAGAUCCAAAUGGGGUUUGUGAAAAGAAACAAACAUUUAUUGAUGUCCUCACCGAUCGUUUAACAACAUUAGAAAGAAUCCAUCAAGAUCAAUCAACUUUGCUAUCGAAAAUGUUAAAAGAAAGAGGGAUCCAGGCACCACCAGUUACAGAGUAUUCCUCAUAUACCGAAUAUACCGAGUCUGAUUUACUAUCAUGUGGUUUUUCAACAUCUCCACCAUCUUCACCAUUCUCAAUUAGUGAUAGCACAUCCAUUUCCUCAACAUCAACCUCAACCACCGCCACAACAUCAUUACUAACAAAAAAACAUAAAAAACAUGUCAAUGGUGGUAAUGCCCUAACAAUCAAUAAUAAUAUAAAUACACAUAGCAAUAAGAAUACAGCCGAGAAAUUCUUAGAAAGUUUCAAUAAGGUAAUUAAAGUUUAUAAAGAAGAUAAUUAUGGUAAAAAGACAUUGGAGCUUUCAAAUUUUAUAAGUGGUUUAGAAUAUGAUGAAAAAAAUAUAUUGGUAGAUCUAUUAGAGUCUUUUACAUUCGAUGAAUCUUCUCAAGUUAAAUCAAAUCCAUCUUCUUCCGAUCAUAAUGAAGAUUGUAAUUGUGAAACUUGCCCAUAUAAACAACAAGCUGAACAAUUUAUGCUAUUAUCACCAGUAGUUUGUUUCCCAUCACCUGCUAUUAAACCAACUGUACCCUCACCAACCAACCAAAUAUAAUAAAAUAAAAUAUUUAAAAUAAAACUAU